AUGCAAACCCUAACAUCGACGUAUCAUCUCCGUCUCGCAGAGCCACAGACCUCGCUCGGCCGGCGCCGAGACUGUUUAGAUCUGGCACGCUUCUCCCUGGACCUGACCUGGGCACGGGCAGAGUCGGAACGUGCUGCUCGAGCGAAGGCCUACCCGUCUCCGCCCAUGUCAGGGUCUCCUCCACUUCCGUCCAAACCAACUCACGAGGCUGGUGGCUGGAGCCAGGGACGACAACAGAGUACGAGCCACGAUGCCUAUCGAGGAUCUGCCUUGACGACAGCAAGCAUCGCAGACGUCCACAGACCUGCUAUCAUACAGCAGCCGCAGCAGCAGCAACAACAACAACAACAACACCGUUCCUCAGUAGAUUCGUACGCCCAUCCACACCCACACUCACAUGCGCAACAGCAUCAAUAUCAGCAGCAGCAGCCACCACCACCGCCAACGCAAACGCCACUCUCGUAUCCGAGACCGUACUCGCUCUAUUCUCGCUCUGAAGAUCCCUCUGACCCCCGUUCGAUGUCUUCUUCCGCCUACGCUUCGCCACAGCUCCUGGACCCAGCAAUGCCGGCACACCUCCCUUACCUGCCCCCCUUGCCAGGUCCGGGACCGAUGCAGCAAGGCUACCCCAUUUCUGUCCCGAGCCGGCCGCCACCGCCAUCACAAGUUCCUUCUCCGAAUUCAGUUUCCGCUCCGGGCCCUUCGGGGAGAGAGGAUUCCAUCCAGCCGUUUGACUCUCCCAAGUCUCAGAGAAAGACCAAAGGGCACGUGGCAUCCGCUUGCGUGCCCUGCAAAAGAGCCCAUCUGCGGUGUGAUUCACAACGGCCCUGCUCUCGUUGCUUGAGCAACAACAAGGAGGAUGCCUGUGUCGACGUUCAGCACAAGAAACGGGGACGUCCACGACUCCGCGAGGAGAGGGACUUGAGGUACGAUCUUUCAGGGAGAGGUGGCCCAGGCGGGCAUCCGGCCGAGUCGGCAUUGCACAGGCCGCAGAUUCUAUAUGGACAAUCCCCUUCAUCCAUGGGCACAGGGUUUAUCGAGCGCGGUGGCUUGGCCGAAGCAAACGUUUAUUCGGCUCCUCCUUCGAUUUCUACCAUGCACCCCGUGCCAGCUGCCUAUCUUACCAUGAAUCUGGGGAUCACCAAGGCGUCCAGCUCGUUUUCAGAUGCUGUCGGGCACCAAAAUACGAUUGGGUUGAAUCUCCGGGAUUUGACUCUACCUGCGGACGACAGAAGCCUACAGACACUGCUGCACCAGAUGCAUGACGAACGAAGACGAAAAGACCCGCAAUAUCUGCCACCAAUUUUUCCGGAGCGAGAACAAGACAGAGUCAUCCAGGCUCUCGGAUUCAGUUCAGACGACAUGGCCCGAUUCUCGUUGGAUCGGCCGGAGUAUAUCACGUUCCGAUCUCAGGAUGGCCAGCAGAGGGGAUUCCGCGCGCAAUUCGGACUGGCUAAACAAGAUUCGAUAUACUUUAUCGUCCUCUUAUUACAUGUGGAAAUGCGGUCGUUCGGACAUCCUACGCCGUCGCCACAGUCGCGGGAAGUGCCAUACGCGUACCCGCCCUUGCAGCAUCCACCUCAGCAUCAAGCAUUUUCCCAUUCGACGCCGGUGGCGGCAACCUUUGACGUUACCCGCUCAAGGCUCGCCACCGAUCUUGGGUCGGGCCCUGCUCUACACCCACCGCCUCCCUCGGGACCAGUGAUGGCGGUCCUCAGCCCCGCUUUGCCCUCCACCUAUUCCGCCUUCUCGAGUAGAUCUGAGUAUCUGGCAGGGCCCUCUUCUUAUCAGACUCCAAGAAGUGCGCCAGGCCUAGUUGCACAGCCUCAUCAGCAGCAACCACCAUCUAGCUACCAGCUGCCACCGAUACGCAGCCGACACGAAGCCAGACCGUUGGAGUUUCUUCCCACGACGAGAGACGACAAGACGCGGGUCGACAUAGGCGGACUGAUUGACAAACCGGAGCCUUUAGACAGACGCCCGAGCCGUUGA